CGUCCAUUCCAUUCUACAGUACUCCGCAGAACAUUUCUCUCUAAUUAAUUGUUUUCACGAUCACUUCCUCACCGGCCACAACCAAUCUCCGCCACUCCUCACCGGACCACCAUAACUCCGGUCAACUCUGUAAAGUCUAGCAAACAUACAAUAAUUUCAGGUUGCAGAAAGUGUGACUUAUGAAUGGCGUGGAGGGAGCUUGGGAAAAAGAGCAUUCAUUCUAGUUUGUCAAGGAUCCUGAAUUCAAAAGCUUCUAGAAGUUUUGCUUUGCGCAAUUUAGUAUCCGGUGUAGAAUUAAAUUUGCUUUCAGCUUCACCUGGAUGCAUUAGAGGAUAUACCAGCAUCUCAGCGUUACUUGGUGAUGGCACUUUAAGCUUCUUGCCUAGCAGAUUUUUAAUACGGCGUUUCCAUUCAAGUCCAGAAUUACUCGCCAGAAGAAGAGAUGAGGACGUUGUUGGUCUAAAGACAUCAAAAAGAGGUACGCCCAAGAAUAAGUACAAAAAGAAAUCCGAAAAUGAAAAGCCGCCAGUUGAAACUCCUUAUGUGCCUCCUAAACUUCAAAAGAACGCGAAGUCAUAUUCAGCUAAAACCAUUGAAAUAUUUGAGGGGAUGACAACUUCAGAGCUUGCUAAGCGGUGUGGACAAUCAGUAGCCACGUUGCAAAAUAUUCUUCUAAAUGUAGGGGAAAAAGUUGGAUCAGAAUUUGACCCUUUGAGCAUCGACAUCGCCGAGCUUAUUGCAAUGGAAGUUGGAAUUAAUGUUAAGAGGCUCCAUUCAUACGAAGGUUCCACAGCUCUUCCUCGGGCACCUGUAGUAACCGUCAUGGGGCAUGUCGACCAUGGGAAAACGUCCCUUUUGGACGCCCUACGCCAAACCUCAUUGGCAGCCAAAGAAGCUGGAGGUAUAACCCAACAUCUUGGUGCAUUCGUUGUUAGAAUGCCUUCAGGUGCAUCUAUAACCUUCCUUGAUACUCCCGGGCACGCUGCUUUUAGUGCCAUGAGAGCUAGAGGUGCAGCUGUCACAGACAUAGUCGUGCUAGUGGUAGCUGCUGAUGACGGCGUGAUGCCACAGACCAUUGAAGCCAUGUCACAUGCCAAGUCAGCUGAUGUUCCCAUAGUGGUUGCCAUCAACAAAUGUGAUAAACCUGCAUCUGAUCCGGAAAGAGUCAAAGUGCAACUAGCUUCAGAAGGAUUACCACUUGAAGAAAUGGGUGGCGACGUUCAAGUUGUUGAGGUAUCCGCUGUUACUAAAAUGGGGCUUGAUAAAUUAGAGGAGGCGUUGCUUCUUCAAGCAGAAUUAAUGGAACUUAAAGCCCGUGUAGAUGGGGUGGCUCAAGCUUAUGUGGUUGAGGCAAGACUUGACCGUGGGCGGGGCCCACUAGUUACUGCUUUAGUCAAGGCCGGAACUAUAGUUUGUGGUCAACAUGUUGCUGUGGGUGCCGAGUGGGGAAAGAUUAGGGCGAUUAGGGAUACAGCUGGGAAAUUAACUGAUCGGGCCACGCCGGCCAUGCCGGUGGAGAUAGAGGGGCUUAAAGGGCUGCCAAUGGCAGGUGAUGAUAUAACUGUUGUGGAUUCUGAAGAGAGAGCUAGGAUGCUUAGUUCAGGAAGAAAAAAGAAAAUGGAACAGGACAGGCUUAUAAAAAUAAAUGAAGAGAAGAUUUCUGCUUCCAAAUCAACAGAAGAAGAGGAGGAGGAGGAUGAGCAGGAGGAGUUUAAGAGGGUUGAAAUGCCAAUCAUAGUGAAGGCUGAUGUUCAAGGCACUGUUCAAGCUGUCACAGAUUCACUUAAAACUUUGAAUAGUCCCCAGGUUUUUGUGAAUGUUAUCCAUGUUGGAGUUGGACCAAUUUGUCAGUCUGAUCUUGACUUGGCACAAGCUACUGGUGCAUGUAUUGUCGGAUUUAAUGUGCGGACUCCACCGCCGGCUAUCAGUUUGGCUGCUGCUCAAGCCGAUAUUAAGAUCAAAGUGCAUAAAGUGAUUUACCAUCUUUUGGAGGAUAUUGGCAACUUUAUAGUGGAAAAGGCCCCUGGAACAUUUGAAACAGAGGUGGCUGGUGAGGCACAAGUGCUCAGCAUCUUUGAACUAAAAGGAAGAAGCAAAGCUAAAGGAGCCGAUGUCAAGAUAGCCGGUUGCAGAGUCAUAGACGGGCAGGUAACUAGGUCAUGCACCAUGAGACUCUUGAGAAGUGGUGAAAAGCUUUUUGAAGGGUGUUGUGUUUCAUUGAAAAGAGAGACUCAGGAUGUCGAGACAGUCCAGAAAGGAAACGAGUGUGGGCUUGUUCUUCGUGAUUGUUUAGAUUUUCAGAUUGGUGAUGUUAUUCAGUGUUUGCAUCAAGUUAACAAGAAACCAAAGUUUAUUUCUUCAGAAAGUGGAGCUGUUCGUAUUGAAUGCUAGUAUGAAUUCUUAACUUAUACUAUAAAGAAACUGGGCAGGGUUUGGAUAUGAAACCCUGUAAGAAUUUUGCGACUUAUUGAGUCUUUUUAUUUAUCCAGGUUAAUUGGGAAGUUGAGGGUGUAUUCAAUGUUAGAGAAAGUUAUAUGUUGAUGAACUGUAACCAUAUAAUCUGGAAUUUAAUUGCAAUUUAAAUUCCUACUCGCAUUUAAAGCCA